AUGCUUGAAGAGAGAGCGAGUAAGGAGCCAGCCAUGAAUCCCUUCCAGAAAAAUGAGUCUAAGGAAACUCCUUUUUUACCUGUUUCCACUGAAGAGGUACUACCUCGACCCUCCAGCUUUCCAAAGAAGCCAUCUCCGAAAAUCUGUGGCUCGAACUAUCCACUGAGUAUUAUCUUUAUUGUGGUGAAUGAAUUCUGUGAGCGCUUUUCCUAUUAUGGCAUGAAAGCUGUGCUGACCCUGUAUUUCCUGUAUUUCCUGCACUGGAGCGAAGACACUUCCACAUCUGUAUACCAUGCCUUCAGCAGCCUCUGUUAUUUCACUCCCAUCCUGGGAGCAGCCAUGGCUGACUCAUGGUUGGGAAAAUUCAAGACCAUCAUCUAUCUCUCCAUGGUGUAUGUGCUUGGCCAUGUGAUCAAGUCCAUGGGUGCCUUACCAAUCCUGGGGGGACAAAUGUUACACACAGUCCUAUCAAUGCUCGGCCUGAGUCUAAUAGCUUUGGGGACUGGAGGUAUCAAACCCUGUGUGGCAGCUUUUGGUGGAGACCAGUUUGAAGAAAAACAUGCAGAGGAACGGACUAGAUACUUCUCAGUCUUCUACCUCUCCAUCAAUGCAGGGAGCUUGAUUUCUACAUUUGUCACACCCAUGCUGAGAGGAGAUGUGCAGUGUUUUGGGAAAGAUUGCUAUGCACUGGCUUUUGGAGUUCCAGGAUUGCUUAUGGUGAUAGCUCUUGUUGUGUUUGCAAUGGGAAGCAAAAUAUACAGAAAACCACCUCCUGAAGGAAACAUAGUGCCUCAAGUGGUCAAAUGUAUCUGGUUUGCCAUUUCCAACCGUUUCAAGAAUCGUUCUGCGGACAUUCCAAAGCGAGAGCACUGGCUGGACUGGGCAGCUGAGAAAUACCCAAAGCAGCUCAUCAUGGAUGUGAAGGCACUGACCAGGGUACUAUUCCUUUAUAUCCCAUUACCCAUGUUCUGGGCUCUUUUGGAUCAGCAGGGCUCACGAUGGACCUUGCAAGCCACCAGGAUGAAUGGGAAUUUGGGGUUUUUUGUGCUUCAGCCUGACCAGAUGCAGGUUCUAAAUCCCUUUUUGGUUCUUAUCUUCAUCCCGCUGUUCGAUCUUGUCUUUUAUCCUCUGGUCUCCAGGUGUGGCGUUAACUUCACAUCACUUAGGAAAAUGGCUGUUGGUAUGAUCCUAGCAUGCCUGGCCUUUGCAGUUGCUGCUGCUGUAGAGAUAAAAAUUAAUGAAAUGGCCCCACCCCAGCCAGCUUCCCAAGAGAUUUCCCUGCAGGUCUUGAAUCUGGCAGAUGAUGAGGUGAAGGUAACAGUGCUGGGAGAUGGAAACAAUUCUCUGUUGGCAGAGUCCAUCAGAUCUUUUCAGAAAAUGCCACACUAUUCCAAACUCCACCUGAAGACCAAAAGCCAGAAUUUCCACUUCCAACUGAAAUAUCACAAUUUGUCUGUCUACACUGAGCAUUCUGUGGAGGAGAAAAACUGGUACACUCUGAUCAUUCGAGAAGAUGGGAAAAGUAUUUCUAGUGUGAUGGUGAAGGAUGAAGAAAACAAAACAACCAGUGGGAUGACAGCCAUGAGGUUUGUUAACACUUUGCAUGAAGAGGUCAACAUCUCCCUGGGUACAGAUGCCUCCCUCAUUGUUGAUGAAGACUAUGGUGUGUCUGCUUACAGAACUGUGCAAAGAGGAGAAUAUCCUGCGGUGCACUGUAGAACAAAAAAUGAGGACUUUUCACUGAAUUUGGGUCUACUAGACUUUGAUGCAACUUAUCUGUUUGUUAUUACUAAUACCACCAAUCAGGGUCCUCAGGCCUGGAAGAUGGAAUACAUCUCAGCCAACAAAAUGUCCAUCGCAUGGCAGCUACCACAAUAUGCCUUUGUUACAGCUGGGGAGGUCAUGUUCUCUGUCACAGGACUUGAAUUUUCUUAUUCUCAGGCUCCCACUAGCAUGAAGUCCGUACUCCAGGCAGCCUGGCUGUUGACAGUUGCAGUUGGGAACAUCAUUGUGCUUAUUGUGGCGCAGUUCAGCAGCCUGGUACAGUGGGCUGAAUUCAUUUUGUUUUCCUGCCUCCUGCUGGCGGUCUGCCUGAUCUUCUCCAUCAUGGGCUACUACUAUGUUCCUAUAAAGCCAGAGGCUAUUCAGGGGUCAGCAGAUAAGCAGACUCCGCAAAUCCAAGGAAACAUGAUCAACCUGGAGACCAAGAAGACAAAGCUCUAAUGGCUCCCUGGACUCUGCCCAGACCCCAGUUCCUGACUCUGGUCUUGGCCAUCACCACCUUCAAGCAUUUUUCACUCCGACUUGGUUAGAAGAGAGAAGUAGCAUCAUAUCUGAGAUGAUCUCCUCUAUUUUCCUCCCAUGCUAGAGGCAUUUCUAGGACUGGGUUUCUCAGUACAUUAAAGCAAGGCCCCCGAGACUCUAUGUCUUCCCAUCUGUCAGUGAACUCGCUACACCUUGUGUAGUGUUGCUAAAGCUGGCCUGCUAUCUCCAAAUGGCCAUGAAAAACACAAAUGUAUAAUUGAGAUUAGUGUCUGUGGUUAUCAAAGUUAUGUAGGAAUUCUUUCACCUGCCAUUUAGAACUGAUGACCCCACUUUUGGAAGCGCUGAUUUAGGGGCAAAAUUGCAGCAUAACAGAGAAAUGAUAUUUCAAGUCUCUUCAUUAGCAGUGUAAUUGUACUGUUUACAAGGACCUCAAGAAUUAGUAUGUCUGGUGUGAUGUGGUCCAGGGCCUGGCUUGUCAGCUAUCCAGAUUUACUAAGACCUUAGUAAAUUUUUCAGUACAGAUAAAAUGACAUUAUAUUAACACACAAGAUAAGAUGUAUCUUUCUGAUAAUUGCAGUACUUUAUCUAACCCAAACACCCCUUUCUCAGUACUGAUAGAUCCUUGGAAACCAAAUUAAAGAUAGUAAACAAGGUUCUGGAAAAGAGAACAAGUAUAAAUUGUACAAAUCCUGGUGAGCCCUUCUCCUACAGUGUACAUUCUUCUUAGGGACUACAGUGUUUCAGCCCUAGACUGUGCCCUCCUGUGGACAGUUGUAUAGACACUAAUGCCUUUCUGCAACAAAUAUUUAAUAACAACAGUAUUUUUAUGAAUACAACUUCCAUUUUUAUUAGUACUUCCUUCAGCCUUAAAGUAGUGGAUCCGUUUUGACAAUGUUUCCCGUUUUACUUUUCCCAAAAUUUUAAAAUGCCGUUUCUUCAUUUAGGCCUGGAUUUCCCUGUUUAUUAAAAAAAGUUAUAUUAAUACUCUAAGUUUGAGCUUCUAAAAUGGCAACGCUCAAUGGGGACAUGGUCCCAUACCAGGAUUCUAUCAAAAUCUGUGGGUUGAGGGCUUCCUAGGUGGCGCAGUGGUUGAGAAUCCGCCUGUCAAUGCAGGGGACACGGGUUCGAUCCCUGCUCCAGGAAGAUCCCACAUGCCGCGGAGCAACUAAGCCCGUGUGCUGCAACUAUUGAGCCUGCACUUUAGAGCCCGUGAGCCACAACUAUUGAGCCCAUGUGCUGCAACUACUGAAGCCCACGCGCCUAGAGCCUGUGCUCUGCAACAAGAGAAGCCACGCCAAUGAGGAGCCCGCACACCACAAUGAAGAGCAGCCCCCACUCACCGCAGCUAGAAAGGAAGCCCAUGCACAGCAAAAAAAAGACCCAACACAGCCAAUAAAAUAAAUAAAUUAAAAAAAAAAAUCUGUGGGUUGAGGGAAGGAGUGGUAGAACAUGACACGACCACUUUUGUUUGUUUGUUGCUAUGUUGAUGAAAAAUGUUGAGAAAAAUUACGUUGCACACAAUGAAUGAAUCAGUGGACAGACAUGGGAACAUCAUGCUCUACAGCGUAUUGCUGGGGAAAAAGUUUAGAACAACCAUCCUAAAGAGCCUCAUUUCCAUUGCUUUUGCUCCAUUAUUCUCAUCUAGAACUGUGUUGAGUCAGUUUCAUGCUGUAAAUGUAACAAGGAAAGUUGCUCCAGUUUCCCAAGCUUUAAUACUCUAGUCUUAAUUAUCAAGUUUUCAGAAGUACCGAAGUAACAGCAACACCAUCCAGUUUCCACAGACAUCUUAAUGUGAACAUGACUGUGCUUCUUCAGAAGAUACUCUGUUCAUUUUUGAGCAGUUUUAACUCAAUCUGUUCUAUGAACUAUUGUUUCAAGAGAUA